AUGGCAAGACCUCAGCAAUCUCUGUCUCCGAAGACUAGCUUUCCUCUACUCACAGCCGCAUCUGCCCGUGCCGGGGAGGUGCUCGACGGACAAAGGAGCAGUGACACGAUUGUACCUGCAGCGCAAGCCCUGGGCGAUGCUGUGGAGGCCGCAGGCCUAUCUGUUUUUCGCAUCGGCUCCAACAGAACAAAAUCAAGCAAAAAUCAAACUCCGGAUUCGUCUCAAAGAGUCAGUCGACUACUGCAGGGGCUCUGCGGCUGUUCCUGGCCCUCGGCACAGAAAAUGCUGCGCCGCAAGGAAGCCUUUGUAGUAACUAAGGACAAAAACGCGGGAGAGCACCUCCAACAAAUAAGAGAUACGAAGAGACGGAAGCCCAUUCCUAUGGGCACGCGGCUUGAGCCAGGCGACUGCCUGUACUUUCCCAGCACUAACAGCAUCUCUGACAGCAGCAGUCUAGUGUGCAGACAGCAGCAGCAGAAGCAACAGCAAAAGCACAGGGAACUCUUGCUGUUUUCAGACGCAGAUUUUGUAGUGGUCAAUAAGCCACAUGGAGCUCCACUAAAGAAACUUGCACGUGAGCUGACGGCUUUCUUAGAGGAUACUUCGGGCGCAUCUGCAGGCGCAGCAGAGCCCUUAGUGCCUUUGACUGGCCACGAUCACCACUGCAGCGGAGCGGUGCUGCUGUGCCGCAGUCGUUCUCUGGCAUCAACUAUGCGCACGUCAAUUAUUGAUGGGGGGUUCGGGACUCAGAAGAUUCUUACCAUUGUAGAGGGGAGUCCUCCUGGCAGCAGCGGCGUUGUGAAGAUUCCUCUUAGGCUGGACCAGACAGUUGGCGCUGCGCUACCAUGCUGUACGCAUUUAGGAGGUUCCGCUGCGGUUACGCAGUGGACGGUGUUGCGCACAAUGAAGGCAUCAGUUGAUAGACACGGUGCCUAUAACCAGCCGAACAAGGGCUUGUGGGGGCCCAUGAGGAGUCCGAUAUGGAAUGACAGGCAGCGGAUAUCAGUGCUGCUUCUAGAGACCGAACUUCGGCUAUCGCGCGACCAAGUCCGCGCUCAUUGCGCAUUUGGUCUGCGCUGUCCGGUGAAAGGCGACCAGCUGUAUACGCAGCUGCUGAAGAUGUGGCAACGGGCCGAGCAACAGCAGAAAUGUUCUUCGGCUGACGCUAUCCCAGAGAAAAGCGAUGAAAUGGGAAAAGAACAAGCAAGAGAACGGGUGACACUCCCGUUGCAUGUUGCGCAGAUAAAGUGGAGGACGCUCGCAGGAACAGAAGUAACGGUGUCCGCUCCAGUAGGCGAUUCUGCCUGCGCCGAAUUUAAGGCCUGUGGGCUUUCCUGCGGAGUGAACACUCCGAAGUGGUUGGCUCUUUGA